AUGGCUUCGGUUCCAAGCGAAAAUGAUAGGAAUAUCAAGAAGAAAAUACUGAACGCUGCUAGAUCUAUAAGAAAAAAGUAUUUGGCUUUAAAGCUGGAGAGAAAAGAGGAAGAUGAGGCACUUGAUAGGAUAAUAAACCCUAUAACUGAACCUCUAAGAGAGUUUGUUGAGAAAACGGUUGGCAGAAAAGUCCAAGUUAAACAUGAAAAAGUUAAGCUCGAAGCUCCUAAUACAUAUUUUGAAUCUGAACCGAAACUUCCUAGAAAUGUAGAGUUCCAACCAGCAGAGAUUAUUGCUCAAACGAGUCAGAAUUUAAAAAGUGAUGAUGAUGAUGAUGAUGAUGAUGAUGGCGCUGAGGAUGUCUUUUAUGAACCCUUACAACAUUUGAAAGAAGAUCUGCAGAAAUCAAUUCACGAUAGAUCAGGAGCGUAUGAAGAAUUUUUAGAUCAGUAUCCCAAAGUAGCACAAGAGUAUGUAGAUAGAUACUAUAAACAAUCAGAUGAAAUAGACCAUUCUUAUGGCUUGAAACAUGAUAUGAAAACCGAUGAUUGGUCUAUGGGAUCACAAAAAGUCAACUUUCUCCCGAAUGGAGAUAUUAAAGUCGGGUCUGUAUCUUAUAAAGGAACGCAGGGCUUAUAUGAUCUUUUAUUUCUGAAAAAGCCGAUCUAUCAGACAGAGGAUGAUAAGUUGCAGUUUACGGAUAUUCUAAACAGGACCAAUGUUCAUCGAAGAGAUUUUGAUCCAUCCAAACAAGUUAAAGGGUCCACAUCUUCAAAAUAUAGACAGUUUGUUAAACCUUUGGUCUCAUCAUCUGAAGCAAAAAGGCUUAAAUCAAGGAGGACAAAAGUCGAGAGUCGAGAGAAUAAAAGUCGAGAGAGAAAGGUCGAGAGAGAAAAAGUCGAGAAAGAAAAAGUCGAGAAAGAAAAAGUCGAGAGAGAAAAAGUCGAGAAAGAAAAAGUCGAGAGAGAAAAAGUCGAGAGAGAAAAUGUCGAGAGAGAAAAAUCAAGAGAGAAAAAGUCAAGAGAGAAAAAGUCGAGAGAACAGAAGUCGAAAGAACAAAAGUCGAAAGAACAAAAGUCGAGAGAACAAAAGUCGAGAGAACAAAAGUCGAGAGAACAAAAGUCGAGAGAACAAAAGUCGAAAGAACAAAAGUCGAAAGAACAAAAGUCGAGAGAAAAAAGUCGAAAGAACAAAGAUCGAGAGAACAAAAGUCGAGAGUCGAGAGAGAAAAAGUCGAGAACAAAAGUCGAGAGAACAAAAGUCGAAAGAAUAAUAGGCGAGAAAACAAAAGUCGAGAGAAAAAAAGUCGAGAGAAAAAAAUCGAGCGAACAAGUUAAAAGAGAAAAAGUCGAGACAGAAAAAGUCGAGAGAAAAAAAUCGAGAGAAAAAAAAUCGAGAGAACAAGUUAAAAGAGAAAAAGACGAGACAGAAAAAGUCGAGAGAGAAAAGGUCGAGAGAACAAAAGUCGAGAAAACAAAAAUCGAAAGAACAAAAGUCGAGAGAACAAAAGUCGGGAGUCGAGAAAACAAAAGUCGAGAGAACAAAAGUCGAGGGAAUAAAAGUCGAGAGUCGAGAAAACAAAGGUCGAGAGUCGAGAGAAUAAAAGUCGAGAGUCGAGAGAAUAAAAGUCGAGGAGAAAAGUCGAGAGAGAAAAAGUCGAGAGAGAAAAAGUCGAGAGAGAAAAUGUCGAGAGAGAAAAAGUCAGAGAACAAAAGUCGAGAGUUGAGAGAACAAAAAACGAGAGUCGAGAGAACAAAAGUCGAGAGAAAAAGUCAAGAGAAAAAAUCGAGAGAGAAAAAGUCGAGAGAGGAAAAAUCGAGAGAGAAAAAGUCGAGAGAGAAAAAGUCGAGAGUUGAGAGAACAAAAGUCGAGAGAAAAAAGUCGAGAGAAAAAAAAUCGAGAGAACAAGUUAAAAGAGAAAAAGUCGAGACAGAAAAGUCGAGAGAACAAAAGUCGAGACAGAGAAAGUCGAAAGAACAAAAGUCGAGAGAAUAA